AUGUCUCGUCAAACAGUGAACGUUCUCGCCCAAGACGGCCAGAAGGCUUCUACAAUCGAACUCCCAAAGGUUUUCGACACACCAAUCCGCGCUGAAGUCGUUAAAGAGGUCUACGUUAACCUUGCCAAGAAUGCUCAGCAGCCACACGCCAACGACCCAAUGGCUGGUAAGAAGGUUUCUGCCAUCUCUUGGGGUACAGGCCGUGCUAAGGCUUGUGUUCCACGUGUCAAUGGUUCCGGCUCCAACAGAAAUGGCCAAGGUGCUUACGCUAACUUCUGCCGUGGUGGCCAUCGCUUCAACCCACCAACACUCCUUCGCCGCUGGUUCCGCCCAGUCCCAUCCCGCCAGCGCAAGUUCGCCAUCGCUUCCGCCAUCGCCGCUACAGCUGUCGUCCCACUUGUCCAGGCUCGUGGCCACGUCCUCGGCGAAGUCAAGGAAGUCCCAAUCGUUGUUGUCGAUGCUGUCCAGGAGAUCAAGCGCACACGCGAUGCUGUUGAGCUCCUCAAGAAGGUCGGCGUUUACGGUGAUGUCCAGCGCGUCCUCGACGGCUCCGUCCACCGCUCCUCCAAGGGCAAGUUCCGCCGUGCCGCCUACAAGACAAAGAAGGGCCCACUUGUUAUCUACAACGAAGACAAGGGCAUCGUCAAGGCUUUCCGCAACAUCCCAGGCGUCGAGACAAUCUCCGUCAAGGCUCUCGCUCUCGCUAAGCUCGCCCCAGCCGCUCAGGUUGGCCGCCUUACAGUCUGGACAGAGUCCGCUUUCAAGGCUCUCGAUGGCAUCUACGAGUCCAAGAAGCGCUUCUCUCUUCCACGCUCCAUCAUGACAAACGCUGAUAUCGAAGCCGUCAUCACAUCCGAUGCUGUUCAGUCCGUCCUCAACGAGAAGAAGGAAGUCGUCCCACUUCCAAAGUGCCGCUGCUGCAAGAAGCUCUCCGUCGGUGCUUGCGAGGACUGGCAGAAGGCUCUCAAGGAAGUCGCCGAACUCCGUGCUGCUCAGGAAGCUAAGCGCACAUCCCCAGAAGUUGUCAAGGCUGUCUUCGCUGAAGCCGUCGCCGCUCAGCCAGCUACACCAGACAACAUGUCUACACAGAUCAUCAACCACAUCCCACUUUAA